AUGUACAGGGUUUGGCCCACAAUUGCAGAGAGGGACUGCAAUGGCACUCGGCAGUCUCCAAAAGACAUUGUAACUGUUAAUAUCCUGCCUGAUGCUAAUCUAAAUUCCUUUAAAUUUACUGGUUAUGACGACGAAACAACCUUAUAUGAAAUUGAAAAUCUUGGCUACACAAUUCAGAUUGCACUUGAUCAAGAAAAAAUGAAAGUGCAAGGAGGUGAUCUGCCAGGAUUGUUAAUCAGUACUCAGAUUCAUUUUCACUGGGGUAAAGGCAGUGCCAUGCCUGGAUCUGAACAUGCAGUAGAUGGCAAAAGAUAUCCAAUGGAGAUACACAUAGUAAACAAAGCAGUAGAUGUUCCAAAUUUAUUGGCUGCCCUUGGUUUCUUUAUUGAGGCCACAAAUGACACUGGGAAGCCAAAGAGCUGGAAGAUCUUGACAUCUUAUCUUGCAGAAAUUGCCAAUGCAGGUGAUAAAGUGUGCAUCACCAAAUAUAUAUCCAUGGACGAUUUGCUCCCCGGAGUCGACCGAACUAAAUACUACCGCUAUUUUGGUUCUUUGACCACACCCAACUGCAUUGAAGGAGUAGUGUUGACAAUCUUUAAAGAUCCUAUUAAAGUCAGCCGAGACUUGAUUGACCUGUUCAGUACAACUGUCCAUGUCAACAAGGCGUCCAGCUCACCCCUAAUGACCAACACUUUCAGGGGGAUCCAGGCCAUCAAUCGCAGAAUUGUCAAAUCACAAGUAACUGGUUCUAUUUUAUCAUCCGAAACAAACCCUUGUUUUUGCUCCUGUAUCUAUUUCAACAUUUGA